AUAUGAACAAGGUUCUAACCCAAGCAGAGGUCACCCUCAUUCAUCAAGAGAUUGCAGCCCAAGCGGUCAGCAUGUUGGGGGUCACUAUACGAUAGUCAUUAAUUAUUUACUUUUUCACCAACAGAAAGACUUCAUCAGUAAAGAGAAACAAAUUCAAAAGCGGACUUAAUCCCAUGUCCUAAUCAAACCCACCAACCCCUCACCUUUGACAGUGAUAUGUUUGAAUUAGUUCAAAUCCAUUUUCUUUGCCACGACUCCUUCGGAAUGAUGGUUGAAUGCCCCAUAUCUCUCACAUCUUGAUUUGUUGAUAGGAAAAUGUGGGUUAAUUGAUAGAUUGAACAUUGCUCCUUACAGAUUUACAGAAUGAGCGCAAAGUCGAAUAUAAAGAUUGCACUGGGAGCUGUUGUUUGCAACGAAUGCGAUCUAAGAGGAGACAUAACCAUCGGAGCUAAAACUGUAAUACAUCCUAAAGCAAGAAUAAUUGCAGAGGCCGGGCCAAUAAUAAUAGGAGAAAAUAAUCUGAUAGAGGAACAAUGUGAGAUCAUGAAUGUUAAAGAAACAAAGGAUGAGGAUGAAGAUGGAUCUGAAAGUGGGAACACAUCUGUCAUGAUUAUCGGGAAUAAUAAUGUUUUUGAGGUUGGCAGUGAAAUAUUGAGCUUGAGGAUUGGUGAUAAUAAUGUGGUUGAGUCAAAGAGUAGUAUCGGCAGGUUAACCAAUCUAUCUAAUGGAUGCAUAGUGGGAGCAGGAUGCAGGCUUACUACCGAGGAAACCUUGGAGGAAAAUAUAGUUGUUUACGGUGGCGAUUGCAGAAGAAGAAAGGCGGGAGAUAAACCUGUUUCACAAAUCCUCCAAAUAGAUUUCUUAUCCAAGGUUCUACCUAACUAUCAUCAUCUCAAGAAACCAGCAAAGAAGGCUUAGUUCAACAGCUGUUCAUUUAACCAACUCUAAACUUGUUGUGCAUGAACGUUGAACAAUGUACAAUUUACAUUCUACAAUGUGGCACACUGUAUAACAAAAGAUAUCAACCAAACACAGUUCUGUGAUCACGAUUUUAAUACUUUUUCAUUAGUAUUUACUAUUUAUUUUAAAUGUUUUUGAAGCUUUGGAGGAGAAAAUGAAAGAUUAGACGCCAAAUUGUUCUACCUUUCCGCUACCGAAAAAAUUCAUUAAUCCCUUCAGAUAAUUAAUCAUAGAUUUUUCGUCAAUAGACCUAAUUUAACAAUUAAACAAUUUAAAUUCCGUUCAUCCAGAGGAAACAUUUCAUUUAUGAUGAGGGUGUUACUUGUCGCAGUAAAAUAACAUGAUUUAUUUUUACAAACUUUUCCUCUUCCUAGGCUGUCAGCUGUUAAUUCAAUCGUUGAUUUUUAAUUAUUACCUUUAUUCCAAUCCCAUUAACUUCUUUCUUCUCAAACUCUCUAUAAAAAUGUAAUGCAUUUAUUUAACAAAUGUUGCUACCACCUUUACAUUAUUACAGA